CGUGACAGGAACGUAGCGGCGCCCCAUCUGGUACGGAGUGGCACGGCGUGGCUUAGAAACGCCAUGUCGUUUGCGCGUCUCUUCAGUCAUACCGUGUUAACACAGAGAAGUCCUCGGUAAGAGCCCCGUUGAGGCCAGUAGCAAUCUUGUCAUCAGCUGGCGCACCCUGAACAAGGGCGUGAAUCCACCGAACGUAACGCUUAGUGGCGUCUGGAAUGAAGCCUUCUUCAGCCCCAACGAAGGCGAGGCACGAGGCUGCCAGGAAUUCAGGCAGAAGCCAUAAGACGAAGCGGCCAUCUGCUCUGGAGAGGUACACAGACCGGUCUGCGUACUACUUCAGCUCCGGGACGGGAGUGGACACAAGCAGCAUGAGGGAUGUUCUCAAGGAGCCAACGCCGUUCUCAUUUGCCCCAGACACCGACGAGUUCAGCUGCAGAACGCUGCACAAAUUGUGGAGACAGCGCUCCAGAGACGAGGAGGCCAGACACGACUUCAGCACUAGGCCGAAUUACAGAUCGCGCCAGAACAGGGAUCUCCUCAAGAGACUGUAUGUUCCGGGUGAAGAGGUUCAGGAAUGCAGAGAGCCCGGUCUCCUGGACAUCGAUCCUCAGUACUUCAAGAUACUGGAGGGGCGCCCCGUCAGAGAGAAGCUGAACAUCAGGAAGUACGUGGAGGAAGUGAGGGGAACUUUGAAGGCGAGGCUCAGAGUGGGGUACCGACUGGAUGAGGCGAUGCACAUCGAAGAGAUGCUUAAGAAAGAACAGAAAAGGCUCAGAAACGCCGAAGCAAUGCACAAGCUGUACGCCGAUUGUUUCAGUGAGUUCCUAGAGCAGGAUUAUGAAUCGUCAAUGGAGCUCCUAAAUGGUGCUCAAAAAGAGGCCGAGAAAACAGCUGAUAUGAGUUAUCAGUUGAAAGAAUUGGAAAAGGAACUGGGCGCCUUGAAGCGUGACGUGUCCACGCUGGAGGAGAAGUGGAGGAACUGCAAGAUGUUUCAAAAGUUCUUGUACAUGGUCAGUCCGAUGGACUGGAGGAGAAAACAUGAUUACAUUCACAGAAAAGGGCCCAGUUCUGUCUUACUGGUAAGCGAGAUGCCCUCACUGUUUGGACGGUACCGCCUGUCCAUCACAGAGUCUGAAGCUCCGUUAGAGUCGUUACUGGAUUUGUUUCUAGAGGAUAUAGACAGCGGGGAAGAACCGUUCUUGUACUUUACUGAACCACGUGAGCUUACGCAGGUGUUGCAGGAUAUGGAGUCACAGAAUUUGAAUUGCUUCAUGCAUUCCGGGGACCUCUCAGGGCCGAUCCGUGCUGCUGAGCAGGGACUGGAGCAAGUUCAGGACCAGCUGAACACGCAGUCCGGGUUUGUCAUGGGUAAAAUCAAAGACCUUGAGGCUGCUAUAUCCUGGGAAGAGGACCGAACUCAGUCGCUCAAAGACAAAGCAAGAGAGGUGUUGUACGGGUUGUACAAGGACCAUAUCUUGUCUGAAAGAACUCUAAAGCUACAUGUGUUUGUGGAGGACGUGUACGAGACUUAUGUGGCGCCACGUGACAGCAGUGUGGGUCUCCGUGAUAUGAUGAGAGGAAUUGAACUGAAGGUGGAGUCCCUGCUUCUCAAACUCGAUUACCUGCCGUUUGAGAUCGUUAAAGUGGCUGAGAGCAAGACUUACGAAGAUGAAGCGCGUAUCAGGAAGGAGGCCCAAAUAGCGGAACUUAAAAUAAAGUUGGUAGAGAAACUCAAGAGGAGACUCAGAAGAGCGUUGGAACCGCCUGACUACAGACACGGAAAACCGCUGAAGCCGAGAUCAGAACCCCCGCCCAUCAGGAAGAAGAGACCGAAGCCCGAGAAACAUCUGACUGACGAAGAAAAGGAUUUUUUGGAUUUUUUUACUGAUUAUUGUUGUAAUGUGGACAACGCGCGAGUGAACGCGCCCGUGGAUGUGUCAGGACAACAGAACGCGCCUCUCUUUUCACGUUAAUUACGUAAAUCUCGUGGCUGUUCUCAUUCCGUGUGGAUUUAUGUCGUAACCGCGAAAACAACUCACGUCUGUGUGACGUGUCUUUUUUGUUGUCACAGGGCUUAUCUGUCUUCAUGUUUGCGUAAGAAAUUUAUAAAAUAAAACAGUGAUAAUCUGUUUAUUGCCUCUGUAAAACGUCUGUCAGCGCGCGUCACGCCUUCCUUAGGCAACCUCACGGAAGGAACUGCUGUGACUUCAGCGGGGUCUGAACUGUAGCGAUUUGGUUUGUGUCGUGUUAUAAAAAUGUAACCCAGGAAUUUUUACAAAAUACCCUCUGCGCUGUCGCACUUUCAAACGAUUUAGUAUCAAAGUCCAUGAUGUGCAAAAAUUUAAUAUCGCAGUGUUGGAGCGGGCGAAGACGUUUACUGCUUUAGACCGCGAGGCCGGCCACUGUGAUCGGCUGUUCCAGUGAAUUUCUGUUGAUCAUGCGCAGAACUACGUCGCGGCCUCAUGACCCUCAUGACCAAGCCACACAUGAAGAUGUUUUAGUUGCACAUCAGAACUUGAGCUCUUAGGAUGGGAGACCGUGUUUCGCCUGCGCGUCAGAUGAACCCACUGCCUCCAUUUGCAAAUUAUGACGUAAGUUCUUGUCUGUCAGCCAGUCACCGUGACCGCAAGAUGUAAGAUGCUCACUGUGUUUGUGUUUCGUUUCACGGCGCUGUCAACAGUUGAGAACUUUCUCAGCGGAAUGGCAGAAUGUUCAGCGAGUAACGAACCAGAGGGAAUGCAGAAGCGGUUGCGGCCUCGUUACAGUUGACAGGAUUGACUGAAGAAGAUUCCGAAAGUCGUCGAUCAGGCCGGAGUAAACCCUCGCUAAUCCGGUUACAGUUAA